AUGACUCAGCCAAUCACUACACUCAAGUCGUUGGCUGGAUGGGAAUCUGCAGGCUUAAUCAAAGUCUCACGGGUACCACAGGGCAAGCCACCAGUAGCCAAGUUUCAUGGUGUUUUGUGGCUGUACAUGAUUGGAAAUCAUGUUUUGUGCGGUUCCGAGCUUGCUCAACGUAUGCCGUGGGCUCUGGGUACCACUCGGGAAAACGAUCAUUCUAUCAAAAUCGGUCGGAUGACAAUUCUUGCGGACCGCUCCGAAGAGGAUUAUGAGGUUGUUGCGAUCUUUAUUCACCACGCACGACGUACUACCCGAUGA